GGGCGGCGCGGCGGCGUUUGGCGCCAAACUCCCGCCAUGGAGCCGGAGCGGCUGCGGCGCCGCCUGGGCUCCGCGUUCCGGCUGCGCGGGCUCCUGCUGCGGGCGUGAGUAGCGCCGGGGCGGGGGCGAGCGGCGGAUCAGGCCGCCGGGACGAGCUACCCGAUCCGGUAGCCGGUUCGGUACCCGCUGCGCCGGGGGGGCGGGGCGCUUCUCAUCCUUCCCUCAAUCCCAGGUCCUGCUCUCGGGUCUCGCUUUGUGGGACUCCGUCAGGGACACCCCCCGCAUCGCCUCCUCGGGGAUGUGGUAACGCCUUUCCCGCCUCUUCCUCACCCACUGCCCUCCUCCGAAGCCCUCUCCUGCAGCUCUGGGCCUUUGCCAUUCGCCUCCACCCACGACCCGGCCCGCUGCCGCGCCCGCCCUGGGUUUGGGUGGCAGCAAAGGCUGCCCUGGGUCUCCCCUUGGUGUCCUCCCGAUGGUGGUGUGGGGUGGUUUCUUGUUUUUUUUUGUGUCUGCUGGUGACCCUGACAACUCCGUGAUCUCGUUCCCGAGUUGUGCUUGACAGUUCUGUCUUCAGCAUCUCUUCCUAGAGGAAGAAAUGGUCUUUCCAAAGGGAUGCUCUAAAGUAUCUUACUGAAACUCUUCAGUCCAUCAAUGAAGUAGAACUUGACAAUGUAAUUGAAAAUGUCAUUGAUGCCGUUGAAAAGCAGCCUUGUAAGUAAACAAUUUAUUUUUCUUAAGCUUGCUAUGUUUAUCUUGCGCUUAUAAUGUUAUUUAGACAAAGACAGAGUUAGUGUCAGCAUAUGCACUAAGGUGUCAUUCUAGUCUAGCGGGCUAAUCAAGAUAAAUGUAUUUGUUGACAUUUUGUUUUGCUAAAUACUGAAGUUUAUAAAGUCAGCAAAAUUUUGCCAUUUAAAAAGUUGGCAGCCUGGUACCUCCUGACUUUUCCAAGAGUAGUGAAAUUUUUCAACGUCAGUUGCCAAAAGCACCUGGCUGAGUUUGUAUGGACAUCUUUGCAUCUGAAACUAUCAUUUUAAAUAUUAAAAUAAACCAAAGAAAUAAUGAGAAAUGAAUUCACUUGUUAUUCGUUAGUCCAGGUCCAGCAAAGUGUUAGGGUUGUUGAGGGCUAUAAUCAUAGGAGCCCAGCUGUGACCACAGGAAGGGAGCAGUUGCCCUCAGAGAUCACUGCCCUCGCAUCCAAGCGGGGUGGGAGAUGCAAGUGUACCAGUGUAAUGGUCCAGCAUAUUGACUUAAACGAGCUGUGGAUGGAGUUUAACCAUCACCUGGAUGCUCUCUGAAGCAGCAAGGCAGAUGCUGAUGUUCUGUUAUGCCAACCUGAUCUCGUGAUAGUAACAAUGGGCAGAAGGUGCUGAUAAGAGCUGGGAGCACUGUAGCGCUGGAGAAGCUGUACCUGCUUGGCCUGUGAAAGUACAUCAAAUUCCAUAAAUUAUGAAGUCCAGAAGUGCAAUCCAGAAAACUCCUGGAAAAUCCCAUGAAAAUAUGAGACACUCAAAGAGCUGAGCUUUUGAUGUGUCAUCUAAUAUGGUUGAACAAUCCACAGUGGAAACAGCCGUUCAAGAGUGUAGCCAGGCAUCAGAUGAAACUAUAGAAAAUGUUUUCAACAUUAUUGGAGCCUUCGAUAUUCCACGUUAUAUUUAUAAUUCAGAAAGAAAGAAGUUUCUACCUCUGUCAAUGACCAACUUUCCUGUACCGAAUUUAUUUGGAACUGCCAGAGAUAAAGCGGAGCUGUUCCGUGAACGCUACUCCAUCUUACAACAGAGGACUCACAGACAUGAGUUGUUUUCUCCUUCACCAGUCGUUGCUCAUCCUGAUGACAGCGGGAGCAAAUUCCAGCUUAAAACAAUAGAAACUCUAUUGGGAAAUACAACUAAAGUGGGAGAAGUGAUUGUGCUUGGGAUGAUAACUCAGCUCAAGGAGGGGAAAUUUUUCCUAGAAGACCCUACAGGUGUUGUCCAGCUAGACCUUAGUAAAGCCCAGUUCCACAGUGGUUUAUACACUGAAUCAUCCUUUGUUUUGGCAGAAGGUUGGUAUGAAGAUGAAGUUUUUCAUGUGAACGCUUUUGGAUUUCCGCCUACUGAGCCUUCUGCUACUACUAGAGCCUUCUAUGGGAACAUAAACUUCUUUGGAGGGCCCUCUUCAGCUUCAGUAAAGGCUUCUGCAAAACUAAAGCAGCUGGAGGAUGAAAAUGAAGAUGCUAUGUUUGUGUUUCUUUCUGAUGUAUGGCUGGACCAAGCAGAAGUACUGGAAAAGCUUCACACAAUGUUUUCGGGUUAUUCCCCAGCACCUCCAACCUGCUUUUUCUUUUGUGGAAAUUUUUCAUCUGCACCAUAUGGAAAAAAUCAAAUUCAGUCACUGAAAGGUUCUUUGAAGGCUCUUGCAGGUAUUAUAUGUGAAUAUCCCAGCAUUCAUAAAAGUAGCCGAUUUGUGUUUGUCCCUGGCCCUGAAGACCCUGGUCCUGGUUCUAUUUUACCAAGACCUCCUCUGGCUGAAAAUAUUACUGAGGAAUUCAGACAGCUGGUACCAUUUUCCGUUUUCACCACAAAUCCUUGCAGGGUUCAAUAUUGCACCCAAGAAAUAAUUAUCUUUCGUGAAGAUUUGGUAAACAAAAUGUGCAGAAACUGUGUCCGCUUCCCGAGCAGCAACAUGGACAUUCCCAACCAUUUUGUAAAGACUAUAUUAUCCCAAGGGCAUCUGACGCCACUUCCGCUGUACGUCAGCCCUGUGUACUGGGCCUACGACUAUGCCCUGAGGGUAUAUCCCCUGCCAGAUGUGCUCGUCCUUGCUGAUAAAUACGACCCAUUCACCAUCACCAACACCGACUGCCUUUGCAUAAAUCCCGGUUCAUUUCCAAGAAGUGGAUUUUCAUUCAAGGUAUUCUACCCCUCCAACAAGACAGUUGAAGACAGCAAGCUUCAGGGUCUCUGAAUUCCUGCGAGACCGCAAAAAGGGAGCGAGCUGUUGGAAAGCCCACUGUACCACUCAUUUUAGACGGAUUGAUUUUAUGAUGUAUUACAGACUGUUUAUAAUAAACGUCAAAGCCAAAAAUGGUGCGUUUUGUUCACAAAGAAACU